AUGCAAAUUAAUACAGCGAAUGGAUGGGCAGUUACAGAUGGACAAACUACAGAACUACCUAAUUAUUCUUGUAGUGAAAAUAAUGUUUCUAUUCAGUUUACAUUAUCUUCAUUAUCUCAUUCAGUUUGGAAUUCAACAUCGAACUGUUCUUUACAACAAUGUAAUGUAAACUUAAAUAAUAGUUGUCUUUCAUCAUCAACACCUUGUUUUGAUUAUCGAACCAUAAAUAACAGUCGUUAUUGUGCACCUGGUAUUUUAUGUUCAAUAUUAGAAAGAUGUGAUAAUAUUACACAAACAUGUUCAUCAAAUGAUUCAAUAUGUGUUAUUAAUUCAUGUUGUUCUUCACAAGCAAUAUGUUUACCAUUGUUAGCAACACAAAUGUGUAAAACAGGUAAUGAUACACAUUAUUUACAUUUUAGAGUUUAUCACACUCAACUAGAUUAUUAA